GGCCACCGGCGCCCGGAAGGUCAGCGUGUGAAGGAGCCAGUGGUUACGAGGGAAUCCCCGCUGCUGCCGUGGAGCAACUGCCGAGCUCUGUACCUCGGCUUGGGGCGGCGGCGGGAAGCGGACACCAUGGAGGGCGGUGGGGGCAGUGGCAACAAAACCACAGGAGGUUUGGCCGGCUUUUUUGGAGCCGGCGGAGCUGGUUACUCGCAUGCAGAUUUGGCCGGCGUCCCGCUAACUGGUAUGAAUCCUUUGUCUCCUUAUUUAAAUGUGGAUCCACGAUAUCUUGUGCAGGAUACUGAUGAGUUUAUCUUACCGACUGGAGCUAAUAAAACCCGGGGCAGGUUUGAGCUGGCCUUCUUCACCAUUGGAGGAUGCUGCAUGACGGGGGCUGCGUUUGGGGCAGUGAAUGGUCUUCGGCUAGGAUUGAAGGAAACCCAGAACAUGGCCUGGUCCAAACCAAGAAAUGUACAGAUUUUGAAUAUGGUUACUAGGCAAGGGGCACUGUGGGCCAAUACUCUAGGUUCUCUGGCUCUGCUCUAUAGUGCAUUUGGUGUUAUCAUUGAGAAAACACGAGGUGCAGAAGAUGAUCUGAACACAGUGGCAGCUGGAACCAUGACGGGCAUGCUGUAUAAAUGUACAGGUGGGCUUCGAGGGGUCGCACGAGGGGGUCUAGCAGGCCUCACGCUUACCGGCCUGUAUGCACUGUAUAACAACUGGGAGCACAUGAAGGGCUCCUUGCUCCACCAGUCACUCUGAAGACUCCACCGGCUCGCAGAGGACAUUUCCGGUAGUUACCGAUAUUCAGUCUGGAUUAAUUUUCUCCUGCCUACAAUUCACUUGAAAAAUUGGAGAUUCUGAUUUGCUGUAAUCAAGAUCAUGGACAACACAGAUACCCGGGGACCGGCAGCCCUUCUUGCCCUGACUGAAGCCAAAGCCCUUUGGUGGCUCACUGAGUGACAUGGUUCUCUUCUUUGGAAAUGAUCUUGCACCUGCAGCCACUUUUUUCCAGAAUUCAGGUCAUACUUACUGUCAGUCCUUUAUCACCACCAGAUUUAUUAAUGACCUGAAACUGUCAUACUGCCCUGUACUCUAAAUAAAGGGUGAAAACAGAACCAAA